CCACUUUUAACUUGCAUGAACAUGUCUUUCCAUACUGCUUUCUUCUGUGUCGGCUUGAUGUUCGAUGAGUGUGGUACGUAUCAGACAGUCGCUGAGCAAUGGAACGACAACGCAACCAUUGUAGGCUGGCUAAAAGUUCGUUAUACCCGUCGUCCUUUGACGUACAUUUCUCACCGCUGGCAGAAUACCGCUAUUCUCAAACGGAAGGUCAAUGGACAGAGAUCCUGGGAAGACAAACGUAGAUGGACUCACCGGAUUCUUUCUUUGCAAUUUGUUGACAAGACAUUGACCAGACGGCCUGUCUCUCUCGAUACUCGCAACCUGCUAUGUGAGCAUGUUCCCCAAGAUCGUGUCAACCAUCUAGGAGUUCCUCUGCUCUAUGCGAGACAUGACUGCGAUAUAUGCCAAGGUACGUUCCUCUUCUCGGACCAGAGCCAUGUNAUGCUGACAGAAUUUAUAGUUGCUGUACUGCGUGCAACCAUACAAGAACCCGCUGAUGUACCGCCUAUCCCGUUCUCAUGGCAAACAGCAGUCUGGAAGCAACACAGGUUNGGUGCCUCAAUCAUCGAUUGCUCUGACUUGCGUUUCGCAAUCUUGAACAGCAGCCUCGAGCACCAGAUCCGGCAUCUUUAUGACUACAGAGCUCUUCCCUUUCUCAUCCUGCAAACCUACAUCGAGGAACUGCUGAGCAACAUAGGAAGAGCNAAAAGAUCCGAGUACCGCAUCGAUCCGCCUCCGACCUCGAUGGAGAAGUUCAAUCACCACAUCAAUCUCAAAUGUCAAUGUCUCGCAUACACCCCCUUUCUCUGCUGGCUCAUUGACUUUGACAUCUUGAUCGAAACCGCGUUUGCCUGCGAGCCAUGUCUGAGGUCAUGCCUCCUACACGAACUACCCAUCAUCCAAGCAGCUCUAAUAUACGCUGACCAAGAACUCAAUCACCUCAAUCAACUCCUGCAGUUCCAUCUCUGUUGCGAGCAUCCCCACCCGCCGCCUCCACGUCCACCGACCCCGAAGCCACCGACUCCUAAGCCGCCCACUCCAAAACCGCCGACACCUCAUCCGCCACCACCUGUUCCUCCACAGCCACCACACCACUCUUGCUGUGACCACUGCACGCAAACAAAGCAUACAACGUAUCUGCUCUUCAUCCUGCUCGUCCCUCUCGCGGUGAUCUUCACACUUGCCAUCCUCUACAUCCGCCACAACUGGACAUCAAGAUGGCUCUUAUGCCUGAUCGUCUUGGCAUUUAUAUGCCAUCUACUCAUCCGACACUACAUUCGGUCCUCCAUAGAGUCUAUCCGCGACAAUCUCUCUGCAUACCUGUCGGAAACGAANAAAGCGAUCAUCGCGGCUUUGAUAUUGCUUACUGGGUUCUUGCAAUGUUGA